GCAUUGUGUCACUAUCUACGCUGCACUGUAGUUACCCGAGUCACAAGCUGCUGCUUUAGGCUGUGUGUACAACAUCGUUUUUCGCUGCAUAUGUAGUCAGCUGCGGAAGAACAACGUUAGUUAAAGUAGUGUGAACUGUUUGCUUUUCGUUUGGAAACACAGACUUAAAACAUUUUAAAAAAUCCAAGAACAAAAUAACCACGACUGUUUCGUUUUCAAGUCUCACGGGGUUUUCCCUCAGAGCUUAGCCGCCUGUUGAGUCGAUAUGCUGGGUAGGAAAAACAAGAAACAGCCGCUGUCCAAAGGCCAAGGUGCCGCUGCAGCCAAACAGAUGGGGCUGUUCAUGGAUUUCAACCCAGAUGAGAUGAUGAUGGAUCUGGAUGGCGAUGUAGAUGAUGGAGAUUUGGAGGCAGAAUUUGCUGCCAUUAUGGGGAAGAAAUCAGGGGAUGGUGGGAAGCCCAAACCUAAAGGGAAGACCCCCUUGCCAAUGGAGGACAUUGAGAAAAUGGCUGAGAACUGCAUGAGAGACAGCGACGAUGAAGAUGAUGAUGAAGAUUUGGAAAACGAUGAGGACUUGUUGGCAGAGUUACAGGAUGUGGUUGGAGAGGCGGAGGAAGCAGAACAUGUUGAUACAGAACCCACAGAAUCGUCUGUCGCCGUGAAAACACCCCCUGCACCCAAAACAACUCCAUCGCAAACAGACUCAGAACCACAGGUGCCUGAGGUUACAGCUGCCCCUAGUGGUGUACAGCGCACCCUAGAGGAAAGAAUAGGAAUGUACAAGACUGCUAUCAGCAACGCCAAGGCAAGUGGGGAGACAUCCAAAGCACGGAGAUACGACAGGGGCCUGAAGACCUUAGAGACAAUGCUGACAUCUAUUAAGAAAGGCAAAAAAAUCAACGAGGCUGAAAUCCCACCCCCAGUGACCACUGGAAAAACUGCUGCUCCGGCUGUCGUCCAAGAUUCUGAGAGUGAGGCUCAUUCCGAGGGAUUGCCAGUGGGAGUCAAGGAACCUAUUUCAGAAUCAGAGGGCCCAGCUGUGAUAGACAGAAAAGCAGAGGAGACUGAGGAACCUGAACCUGCAACUGCCCCAGAGACCCCAGUAGAGACAGCACUCCCAGCCCCAGAGCUCAAAGUCAGCGAAGCAGACAAAGGAAUAGAUUCAAAAGCAGCUACAGACCAUGAAGCUACCAAGCUACUACUGGUAGGGAGACAGAAGGAAUAUAAAAUAGCAGCUCUGAAAGCCAGACAACAAGGUGACUUGGACAGAGCCAAGGAGUACAUGAAAAUUGGCAAGAAAUUUGAUGCAGUGAUAGAAGCCUUGGAGGGUGGGCAGCCCAUCGAUCUGAGUAACAUGCCACCACCUCCAGGAGAUAUUGAAAUAAGAAAAGUUGCGUCAUCCCCCUCCCAUGCAACAGGUGGUGCUACAGAGGAGACUCAACCUGUACAAGCAACAGCGCCCAUGGCAGUUUCCCCAGCAGCAGCUGCUGCUCCUCCUCCGCCUAAAGAUGUGCUGGAGGCUUUACAGCAGAGGAUGGAGAAGUACAAAGAGGCAUCAGCUCAGGCUAAAACCAGUGGAGAGGAGCGCAAGGCCAGGAUGCAUGACAGGAUAGCCAAGCAAUACCAGGAUGCAAUCCGAGCACACAAAGCGGGCAGAACCAUCAACUUUGCUGAGCUGCCAGUCCCACCAGGGUUCCCUCCGAUCCCCGGGAUGGAGGGUGCUGGAGCGGAGCAGGGGAUCGCUGCUGUGCUGGAGGCUGCUUCCAAACUGGCCAGCGACGAGGGGAAGGAGGUAGACGAGGAAGAUGAGGAGGAUGAGCAGCCGCUGGCCACACCGCAGAAACCAAAGAAGCCUACGCUGGCUGUGCCGCCAACAGUGCAGGGGCAUGGCAGCCACUCCCCGGGACAGCCCAGGAGACCACCCCCCUCCCCUUCACCUGAGAGACAGUCCCAUGCAGAGGGUCUUUCUCAAGCAGCUCAGCAGCAGCUUGAGUUCCUAGAGGGCCGUAGGAAGCAGUACAUGAAGGCAGCUAUCCAAGCCAAGCAGAAGAAUGACCUGGAACAGGCCAAGAGCUUUCUGCGCACUGCCAAGGGAUUCGAGCCGAUGAUAGAGGCUGCCAAGAACGGGAAGGCUGUCGAUAUAUCCAAGGUACCGUCCCCUCCGGGUGAUGAAGAGGAUGAUUUUAUCUUGGUGCAUCACAGUGAUGUGCAGAUCUCUCAGAAAGCAGAAGACGUUUACAUGCAGCUUGCUAAGAUACUGAAAGAGCAGUGUGAGAAAUGUGUUUCUUACUCUAAGCAAUUUACACACCUUGGAAAUAUAACAGAAACCACAAAAUUUGAGAAAAUGUCAGAAGAGUGUAAAAAGAACCUUGCGAUCUUAAAACUAGCUCAGGCUCAGGGCCUUGAUCCACCAAAACACCAUUUUGAGAAGAGGACCUAUAGUAUUGUACGGAUAUUUCCAGAGCUCAGCAGCACAGAGUUGCUUCUGAUUGUUGUCAAGGGAAUCAAUCUGCCAGCGCCUCCUGGCAUAGCAACAAAUGAUCUUGAUGCAUUUGUGAAAUUCGAAUUCCCAUAUCCCAGUGGGGAACAAGCACAGAAACAUAAAACAUCAGUAAUUAAGAACACCAAUUGUCCAGAGUAUAACCAGAGUUUCAAGCUGAACAUUAAUAGAAACCACAGGGGCUUGAGGAGAGUGAUUCACUCCAAAGGCAUCAAGUUGGAAGUGUUGCACAAAGGGGGCUUUUUGAGGAGUGAUAAACUAGUUGGAACUGCGCAUUUUAAACUGGAGAAACUGGAAACUGAGUGUGAAGUCAGAGAAAUCAUUGAGCUAUUUGAUGGGAGGAAGCCGACUGGUGGGCGUCUGGAGGUCAGGGCACAGCUGCGGGAGCCCCUCAGCGGGCAGGAUGUACAGCAGGUGACAGAGCGCUGGCUGGUACUGGAGCAGCCCAAGGUUGCAUCGUAGAUGCUGUGGACUUUAAAAGACACCUCCAUGAGGUGGAGAGGUACUGAAAACUAUAUCUAUGCACCUGAUUGAAAAAAGGAUUGGAAGGACUCUGUUUGCAAUGACAAUGUUGAUGGUAGUUGGAACAUUACAAAGGGCACCCUGCACCCUGUUCCCUGUGUCAGCAGUGUGCCUCCUCUGUCUGUAAGUACAGAGGGAGUCCCUUUCGGAGUGCAUGAGAAGCAGCACACCUGUAGACAGGUACAGUAGGAGGUGUUGAAAACUGGUGUCAGUCCUUUGAGGGCAUGUUGCACUGUCUGCACGUUAUUUUUCUCUUGGGUCUUGUUUUUCAAAAACUAGAACUGGUUUAAUGUUAAAUUCAUCUCAGUGGAAGAGCACUUACAGUGUACCGAAUAUAUGUAUUAUGUUAAGGAUAAUUAAUGUGGUUCUGAAACUUCCAAUAUGAUAAUUAUGUGAAACCCUGUUGUUAAUUUGCAUUCAUUUAUUUAUGUAUAUCAGUUAUUUAUUAUUUUGUCAGUAUAUAUAUACUGUACAUGUAUAUGUAAUGCUUAUAGACAGGCUUCACAUUUGUGACAUUUAUAAUGUACUUGCACAUCUGGAUCAUUCAGAGGUCCUCUGAAAAUAUGCAGGUUAUUUAUAAAUCAACUCGUAUGGACGGUAUUUUUACAUUCUAAUAGGGAUUCCAUAUUGUCAACUCAUUGAUGAUUUUAGAAGCGGUACAACAUUGUUUUAUUUUAUUUUUUUUGCCAAAGGUUUUAAACUGAAGUUUUAAGACGAAACUACAGGUAUAUUGUUUGGUUCCUGCUUUGUUUACAUUGCAGCCGAUGUAGUACGGGCUUCCUGAGAUUAGAAGAAAAAGUGAGAACGAGUGCAGUUCCCAGGUCUUUGUGUUACACAUUGAUCAUCCUAUUGGAUUCCAUUAACUAUAUUGCUCAUUCGACAGUAAAUAACCAGUUUUAGUUUCUGUAAAAAAAAAUACAGCCAUAAGUUAUGUUAUUUUUCUACUUUGAGCAGACUCCUUUAUUUUUUUAUUUUUGUUAUAAAUGUAUCAAACUAUUAACCAUCCUUUCUUUUUCUUUGUCUAUUCCAUCAGUUAAAAUGACAUCCAUCAACAUGAGAGAGCAGAGUUCCCUUUAAUUAAGUGUUCCAGUGGCAUGCCACACUCCCCUCCUUGCUUUUGUAUGUCAUGCCCCCUAAUGGAUACAUGUCUUGCUCAGGUAUUGAUUUAGCUAAAAAUAACACUUUCUGAUUUGCCCUUGGUGUGACCACCCACUGUAUCCAUGCCUAAAUUCAAAGCCUGCUAUUUUUAGAAUUCCUUGGUUUUGAGUUACUGUAAUGUUCCCUAAGCCUGGUGACCCCUUCUAUUUAAAGACACUUGUCAUUUUCUGUUUUUUUGUUAUUUGAUUUUUUGUGACGUUACAUAAAAUAGCAUAAAAAAAAAAUCAUUGGGCAAAUUAGUCAGAUUAUCCUAUAAUGACCUCCUAAAUGUAAACAUAUUCCUUCAACACAAGAAAAAUUAAUUAUAUAGUGCUCACUAUAGAGUGGUGGUUAUUAAUAUGGGUUUGAUUAGUCUCAGUUUUUUUCUACUUUGGUUUAACAUUGACAGGUGUCAUCAUAAUAGUAAUAGAUGUGUUGGUUUACUUUCGAAUGGGCUGUAUAACAUAACUACACUCUGGAGGGGAAUGCCCUGCCCUUGCUUAUUCUAUUGAAUUCUAGAGGUAGGACACUUGAAUGUAGUUUCCCAAAUGCCUGUAAGGACUGUAAACUUUUCAGUCACUGUGUGAGGCUGUGCCAAUGUGUUUCUAUUCAGUGUUUAUUUGUAUAAGCAGCUUCUAAAGGUUUACAGGACUGGAUAUGGGUUCCAAAAAAAACUUGCAGGUGAAAUAAUCAGGUCUCCUUGACUAAAGAUAGGGGAGUGGAGUGAAAAGCAUUUACAAUAUAUUCUUAAGCCCCUCAUCCAAGCAACACCAUAGGUUUGUGUUCCUGCUGCUCCUCCGACCCAUUACACUACACAGCUGGUAGCCUUGACUGAGAACAAAGUCAUCCUUUUAAUCUAUUGAGUUUUGUGUUUAAAAGCCCCAGAUUAAAUAUAUAUUCGUUAGCAUGAAUAUAAAGUCACAAAGCAAUCGACUUAUUAUGUUAAUGGUUCAGACUGCUACCGCAGUUUGGUUAUGGCCGGUUUAAGCUUGCACAGCACUUUCCUAACAGCUGUUAAUGGCAUUUGGUGGCCAGGGAGGCUGAAACAACUGCAACAUAUCUGUAGCCCUGCCAGUCCCCCUUAGUACACAACAUGCACACUGUAGAGCUUGGCUGUGGGGUCCACUUCUUAUUGACACAGAAUGUGCACCUGACGGCUGUCAAGCCAUUAGCUGCCUUUAUUUACAACAUAUAUCCCCUAUGCAAACUAGUCGUGUAAAGAAAGGGAUUGUCACUUUUCUUGUCAAAUGAUUGUACAACUGCUUGUAGUUAACAUUACAGUAAAAUAAAAUAAAAAAUAACUUG